AUGGCAAACACAAUGGUCACACACUACGCGCACGUACCUCAACAUAGCCUUCAGUAUGGCUACAUGCCGCCACCUUCACCGCCAAUGGAUGAGGCGGCAAAGUGCUCGCUCCCCUCUAUCUCGAACCUCCUCGGGCUUGCAGACCAAGGAUCGCCGACUUCGGAAACGUCGCCCCAGUCCCAGCAGCAGCAACAGGCGCAGCAGCAGCAGCAACAGCAAUGUAUGAGCAGCUCGUGGUGGGAUAUGGGACACCUAGAUACUGACUCGACCCCAGCGCAAGGAUCCAAGCCGGAGACGAGGCCCAACUCUUCGCAUUACACCAACCCGGUAACCAUUCGGACAGGACUCCCGCCCAGCCCGCCCAUGUCCUCGGAUGCAUCCUUUGAAGGUUUCAACUCGCCAUCGACCAGGUCGGUGAGCCAGGUGCCGAACGGGUCAAACUACUUCUUUGAGACAACGCCACCGCUUCAGAUGGAAGCCGAUGCACGGCAGAUGACCGCUGCCGCCGCCGUCCCGCGAGUUUCUGUCCAGGCUUCAGCCUACCAGCCCCAGUACGCUCCCGGCCCUGCGUACAUGAGUCAACCAGCCAUGACCUCAUACUAUCCUCCGAUGCAAUCCGCGGCGCCACCGCAGACGCAAAUGUCCGGCCUCUACUACCAACGACCGCUUCCUCAGUCUUUUCCGCCUCCGAUGUCCAUGUCUAUGACUCUUGCGCCGACGGCCGGGAACCCCUGGCAGCACCAUCACUACAUUGCCCCUUCGGCGUCAGCAUCCUUUCCCCAGAGCCAGGACCGGUAUAUCUGCCCGACGUGCAGCAAAGCCUUCUCGCGGCCCAGCUCGCUGCGGAUCCACAGCCACUCGCACACGGGCGAGAAGCCCUUCAAGUGCCCGUUCCCGGGUUGCGGCAAGGCCUUCAGUGUGCGCAGCAACAUGAAGCGGCACGAACGUGGGUGCCACAACUACGACAGCAGCAGCACGACGAGCAGCACCGGCACCAUGAACAGCAACACCGGGGGAAGCCGUCCCUGA